GGUCACUGCUGCCGUCAGAGUGCUAGCCGCCGGUUCGGCUAUGGAUCGGUUACGUACCUGCAACUUUUCGCUAAUCCCGAUUUUCAUCAAAACAUCAUCAAUCCUAUAAUUUGGGAGUAGCAAUGGUCGUGGGUGGAAAUGACAGGAGUACGCCUGCCGUAGUUUCGCUGGUCGCAGGUGGCAUUGCAGGAGGUGUAGAAGGUUUUCUAUCAUAUCCUUUCGAAUUUGCAAAAACCAGAGUGCAGCUGAGAGCUGAGAAAGGGCAGCCGACUCCACGCAACCCAUUCUUGGUGGUAAUACAGGUCUAUCAAAGAGAGGGACUACGAGCACUAUAUAAAGGAUGCGGGGCGCUUGUCUUUGGCUCGGUAGGAAAAGAUGCCGUACGUUUCCUAUUCUUCGACCAAAUCAAGGAGUCAUUUGCGGAUCCUGCGACGGGCACAUUGUCACCUGGGCGCAACUUGCUGGCUGGCAUGACCGCCGGUGUCGUGGCAUCCAUAACUGCAGUAACACCAACUGAGCGGAUAAAGACCGCUUUGAUCGACGAUGCGCGUAACGAGAAAAGAUUCCGAUCAGGCCUUCACGCUACACGAGUCAUUUGGAAAGAAAAUGGUAUUCUUGGGCUGUACAGAGGCUUUGCAGGAACCACUCUGAAGCAAGCAUCAGCAACAGCAUUCCGUAUGGGCACCUACAAUAUUCUGAAAGACUACGAGAAGAAGAGAGAUAUGUCACAGAACACCGCCGUCAACUUUGCCAACGGAUCGGUCGCUGGUGUCAUCACAACGCUUGCAACACAACCGUUUGACGUGAUCAAGACUAGGUCACAGAGUGCGAGGGGGACAAGCACUCUUGAGGCUACCAAGAGCAUUCUUCUUGACUACGGUAUCCGAGGGUUCUGGAAGGGCACAACUAUGCGGUUGGGACGAACGGUCUUCAGUGGCGGUAUCCUGUUCACGAGCUACGAGGCCGCGGUUAAAGUCAUUCUACCAAUGUACUCAGGGGCCAAACACACGAAAGAUGCUGACGCGGAAUAACCUAAAUCUAUACGUCUACCAUUUACCGGUUUAUACAA